ACACAUAUAUAUGUAUAUGCCUGGUGAGAAAUACAAUCACACGUAAAAACUAGAAAAACAGUUUCCAUGGCGAUUAAAACAUCGAGAAAUCUGAUGAUGAUAGCGGGAUCUUUCUACAUACCAAAGGAAAACGAGAACAAACCCUUCGGAGAAGACGCUCACUUUUUCUGCCCGUCGGCGCAGGUGAUCGGAAUCGCCGACGGAGUUGGUGGGUGGUCAAGGUACGGCGUUGACUCCGGCGAAUACGCAAGGGAGCUGAUGAGAAACGCCGAGUACGACGUAAAGAACUACCGAUCAAUCGACGUGGGCCCCAAACAAGUGCUCAGGCAAGCUUACUCUGACACGGCGGCGGCGGGCUCUUCCACCGCCUGCAUAAUCUCGAUCGCCGGAAACCUACUCCUGGCGGCGAACGUCGGCGACAGCGGGUUCAUGGUGAUAAGGGCGGGAAAGACUUUCUACAGGUCGCCGGUGCAGCAGUACAGGUUCAACUUUCCUUACCAAUUGCAGAAGUCGUCGAGGGCGAACGGCGCCGAGCAGGCGGCGGAGUUGACGGUGGAGGUGGAGGGCGGCGAUAUUGUGGUUGCCGGAACUGAUGGCUUGUUCGACAAUUUGUUUGUCGAUGAAAUAGAGACGAUCGUGAAUGAUUAUUGCUCGGGUAAUUCGAAGCUGUCUUUGUCGGAGAUACUUGCUACGGCGGCGCUCGGAAAAUCUCUCGAUAAAACCACCGUCAGCCCGUUCGAGGUGGCGGCGUAUGAGGCCGGAAAACGACGCUCCGGCGGGAAGUACGAUGAUAUCACUGUCGUUGUUGCUCAUGUUGUAGAAUGUAGCUGCAUGCAAUAGUUUGUACGACGAUGAUUUUUUUCUUGUGUGGCUUUUAUUAAUUUCAAGUAUAAAAUUUGUUUACUCAAUUUAUUAUUUAUUACUGUAAAGAAAUUGUUUAUAUGAGAAAUUCAAGAAUUGUUUCUU